AUAUAAAACACGCUUAACAACCACUACUUAUUUUGAAAGAAAGUUCUCGAAUAAAAUGUAUAGAUAAUAGUACUCCGAUGUUAUUGCGGAGGUGUUACGUUCGAUCACUUAAUAUGUGAAUUAUUUUUUGAGGUGGAGCUUCUUUCAUUCAAUUCGAAUGUCAUUGUCGGCGAUUGUUAGAGAUUGCGUAUAUUAAUCAAAAUGCAUGCCUUUUUUUCUAUUUCGAUAUGUUUACAAUUUUGCCUGGAUGAAAAUAUUUUGUGAACGAUUCGCGAAUAUUCGCCAAUUUACUGGAAAAUUCAUAAUUGACCCUACAUAAUUCUAUCUUUCUUUGGUUCGUAUCAUGAUAGUCUACUUUUCAAAUUCAAAAGUAGAUUAUGUCAUUUUUGAAAUAAAAAAAAAUUCUUUUAUAGAAAAAUUAUCAGAAUUUAAAUUUCAACUAUUGUGAAAUUAAUUGACCACCAUUAUAUCAUCAUACAACAAACAUAAGCAUAGCAUGGGCUCAAAUCGUACAUUAAUCCUUUCAUUGUAUAGAAAAAUGUUACGUGAAUCACGUAAAUUCGAUUCAUAUAUCUAUCGUGAAUAUGCUUGGCGUAGAAUUCGUGAAGCAUUUAGGCAAAAUAUGAAUGAAACAAACGAGCAAAAAAUUCGUACGCUCAUUGAAGAUGCCCAAAAUAAUUUGCAAAUUAUUCAAAGACAAACAUUGAUUGGUAGUCUAUAUCCAUCAAAAAAACUGGUUGUUGAAGAUCCAGAAAUUAAUACGGAUAAAUUGAAUCAUCCUGAAGAUGAUCAUAGGCAAAAACAACGAAAUAAUUUCGAAACAGCCAACAGGUAGCCUUUGCCUAUUAUAAUUACUGGUCAAAAACUUUUGAUAAUUUUUAAUUUGUUUAGUUGUUGAAUAUUAUUGAAAAUUAAAUUUGAAAACAAUUAAAAUGUGAUAA